AUGAAAAGAGGACUAGGUAUCACCAUCACUGACAAGCAGGGUCUCACUGGUUAUAAACGGGGAAUUGAAGCUGUUAGAGGUUCUCCUGAACAGUCAUACCAGCACCUGGUCAGUCACAGUAACAUGCUUGUAGAACACAACCCAGGAACGCAAACAACAAUUGAACCCGAUACAAAUGGUGGUUCUUUGUAUUAUUUUUUUGCGCUGGGCGUAUCAUUACAAGGAUUCAAGUCUUGGUGUAGACCCGCAUUUGUUGUGUAUGGUAUGCAUCUAAGUGGGGAACGCAGAGGAACUCUACUUUCGGCAAUUGGGUAUGAUGCCAAUGGAAAAUUUUACCCUAUUGCGUUUGCCAUCGUUGAUUCUGAGAACGGUGAUUCCUGUUUAUGGUUCAUGCAAAAGUUAUUCAAUGCGCUUGGUCACGAGUAUUCGCUGAGAAAGGAUCUAGUUGUGUGUUCAGACAGAUCGGCAGGCUUCGAAUCAGCGAUUGCGGAAGUGUUUCCUGAAGCAUGCCAUGUGUACUGCGCAUACCAUAUUAAAGGGAAUAUCAUCAGGACGUACCACAACUUCGCCGUUGCUAAGGCAUUUAUGAGAGAUGCGCAAGCAUACACUAUAGAUGGUUAUCGGAGGUCUAUGUUACAAGUCAAAAAGGAUAAGGAAGUUUUUUCUUAUGUGCAGGAACUUCAUCCAAGGCAUUGGUCUAGGGUGAAAUCCAAGAGAGCCCGUUAUACUCUCAUGACAACAAACAUCUGUGAGAGUUGGAAUAACCUACUUUUGAAGGCUAGAGAUAUCCCUAUAAACUAUUUAGUGGAUUUCAUUCGAACAAAGCUGAUGGGAGGGUUGGAUUGCAGGCUUGCAGCCGUAGUGUUAGCUGGAGAAGUUGGAUUGCAGGUCAAAGUUUCAACAGCUUCACUCCUAGUCAUUCAUAUAGAUUCUGGCAGUAUAGAAUAUGAAGUUAGGAAAGGCAACAAUACUUAA